AUAUCAGCACAAAUCAUACAUACUUUUUCUUAUUUCGUAGUGUGGAAUGAAUGAAAGGCUUGUUCAAAUGAUAUUACUCAAUCGGUGAACAAGAGCCAAUAACAGUAAGUAUGUAAAAAAAAUGAACAAAAUUUUAACCACUGGUUGCAAAAAUGUGAAUCUUAACAGACUGCUUAUAUCAUAGAUUUUUGAUGCGGUCCGAUAUAAUACGAUACACUGUUUUUGGGCCGAUAUUGAAUUACUUCCGAUAUCAAUAUCGGAACGAGACAUCCCUACUGACUUCUGCAUCAAACAUUAAAUUAGAUUGUAUUUUAUUAUUUUUCUUUGAAAGUCGUCCUGAUUUUGCAGUUUUCUGCAUGACUUAACUGUCACGGAGUGAUUGUAAUUUGCUUUCUGGUCUUGUCUUUCCACAAAUGCCGAUUAGAUCACAUACAACCUUUGAUUUAGACACAAAUUUGUGUUUUCAAAGUUCAUCUGCUGCAUAUUGAUGAGAUAACUCCAUGUUUAAUACAUUGUCAUUUUCCUUCCAAAGGCAUGAAAUGUGAGUUUUGGGGUGUUUGCUACAGAAACAUGUCAUUAUUGUGAUAAUACUGAACUUCACUGCUCUUCUUUCAGGAUAAAACAAACCCAUUUACCAGGAAAUGACGAGAUGUCAUCAAAUUUGACAAAUCUCACCUUCACCUUUUGUCUCUUUAAUUUUCUAGAUUCAACCUCCAACCCUAAAAUAUUUUACGAUUCUUUUUCACUUUUUCCUCCUGCCAUCUUGAUCUUUGACCAUAAAGAAUCAGAACUUUUGGACUCAUGCCCUCUUUGAAGCUCGCUUAUGGAUCAUGACUCCCACAGAUGUUCAGCUAAGGGAUGAACAAGUAUGUCCGGGACAGUACAGAAGAUUGAAACUUUGACAUUUUCAGAGUCCCACGCCCCCUAAUGGGGGCUUCUCCAAGAGGUGGAGCAUACAUAGAACAUCCUUCCGGAAGUUCUAUUUUCCUUUUUGGGUUUUUUCUGCUCUUGUCCUCCAUUGUAGUCCAUGCUUGCCCUAAAAUGUGCCACUGCUCAGAGAGAAACGGAAUGGUGGUGCAGUGCACCUCCCACAACUUGGAGAGCAUUCCCAGCAACCUCCCGAAGGACACUGUGGUUCUCCUGCUCUCAUCAAACCGGAUCAGACACAUCCCGAAGGAGGCCUUCGCUGAGCUGCACUGCCUCAGAGAGCUAGACGUGUCCCACAACUCUCUGGAGAGUGUGGAGGUCGGCGCCUUUCAGGGAGUCUCGGACAGCCUACGGAUCUUGGAUCUUUCAAACAACCAACUCAGCAGCCUCCCAAAGGACACCUUCACCAAGCUUCAUGCCCGAGUCCGCCUCUCCAAUAAUCCCUGGCACUGUGACUGCUCAAUGCAGGAAGUUUUGAGGGAGCUAAGACUCGACCCUGAAACAGUAAGCGAGUUUAGCUGCCACACGUCGGUGCAGGAGGAGUACACGGGCCAGCCCGUGAUCCAGGUCUUGGAUUCAGGGAUCAACUUUUGCAACUUUCAUCACAGAACUACAGACGUGGCCAUGUUUGUUGCCAUGUUCUGCUGGUUCUUCAUGGUGACUUCUUACAUUGUCUACUACAUCAAACACAACCAAGAGGAUGCCAGGAGGCACAUGGAGUACCUGAAGUCCCUGCCCAGCACGUCCCACAUCAGCAAGGACUGCGACACGGCAAGCAGCGUGUUUUAGAGUCUGGGAAAGUACAAUUCAGCAUGCACCUCGGAAUACUGAUGGAGUACAGCAAACUGGAAGCUCUGCAGUGAUGAAUGCUGCAACAAGAGAAUUAUUCUUCAAAAUCCCAAAGAACUUGUGCAGGUUUUUCAUUUCUGAUAUUAAAGAGAGUCACUGGUUUUGUUGAUCCUUGCCAAGGUGUUGUAGAACAUUUGAGUAAAAAGAAACCAUAAGAGGCGCAUCUGAUCCAGGAUCAGUGAAACCCUCUGAUAACUCGCAUCUGAGGUGGAACUGGAGUCAGAUAUAAAAUGUUACACUUAUUGUUCUGCUUUGGAAGGAAACAAAAUGUUACCAUGAAAGGUUUCUUGUAGUAAUAAACCUUAAAUUUAUGCCACUUUUGAAAUAAACCAUCUUAUUAGAUUUAAUAUAUUGUAUUAUUUACGCUUUUAAAUAAAACACCAGCUAAAAAACCUGUAGAAUGGGAUUUAAGUUCAACAGUUUUCCUUGGUGGAGAUGGCCGGCCCAAAUUCCAGCUGUUUUUUGGUAAAACACAUUCCAGUUAAUUGAAAACUGGACAAACAGAGAGUCUGAGAAUCUGACAUUUAAAGACCAAAGUCACUUGUUUUUUCAAAUUCAUUUGCAGUGGUCUCUAGCAUUAAACACUCUGGUGCUCCUGCUCAGUAGGUAGAAGUUAGACAGAGCAGAGGAGAACAGAAAACAACAGGAUUUGGAGUUUUAGUUUCUGGUAUUCUGACAUCUCGCUUCUGACUGGCUAACAGCAACACAGCUCUACCGCUGACUCCAUUUGCUCUGUAACGCUGAUGUUUUAUUUCCAACACAUACCUGAAGGAGUUCCGCCAUGUUGGGGAGUUGCUAACGCUAAUGGUGAGCUGUUUUUAAGAUAUUGCUUUCAAAUG